GGGAUUUUAGGUAAAACACAAACCAAUUUUGCCUUUUCUCCUGGGAGUAAACAACUUAAGGAAAGCCAGGAAAAGUGGCAGACAUGCUGACUGGCCGGUUACGAUUAAGAGAAGACAUUGAAGGAGAAGCUGAUUGAAGCCAGAGAGCAUCUCAGUGGUGGCCACGGCAUUGGUGGCCACGGCAAUGACGCCCACCGGAACACCAUCGGCAGGGAGAGGGGAGACCUCAGGAGCAGACAACAGCACGAAGAGAUAUACAGACUGGAGCAGCAUCUCUUCUGUGUUUGCGGGAUUCCUCGUCAUCCUCCUGCUCAUCACAAUUUUCUGUAUCCUGUGGAACUGGAAUAAAUGGAAGAAGCGGCAAGUUCCUUACCUCCGAGUCACAGUCUUGCCCUUGCUGAGUCUGCCUCGACCCAGACAACGAGCCAAAAAUAUCUAUGACCACUUGCCCCGGAGGCAGGAAGAGCUGAGGAGACGCCCACCAAGGAGUGUCCGUAUUUUCAGUACCGCGAGCCUCCUAUCCAGAAGCGCCAACAGUCCCCCCUCUGAGGGUGUGGCCUCCCCAGUGGACAGUGGCCUCCAGCUGCACGGAACCCAGGCUCCUACAAUGGAACAUGCAGUGGGCAUCUAUGACAGUACCACAGAGCCCCAGAUGUGUGGCAACCUCUGUCCCUCAGCACACAACAUCAACGUCAGAGCUUCCAGAGACUGCUCGAGCAGUUCUUCAGAGGACUCGAGAGAUUAUGUCAAUGUCCCCACAGCAGAAGAGCUUGCUGAGUCUCUGGCUUCUACUGGAAGCGCCCCUGAAAGCCUCUCUGUCCUCCCAAGUGCCCAGGAGCUGGAGUUUACUGAGGAAAGAGACUGGGACUGUGAGAAUGGCCUUGACCACACUGGUCUUUGGUGUCUGGAAAUUGGGUACAGUGACCCACUCAGUGAUGGGGAAGGCUCUUCUCAGAACUCAAACGACUACGUCAACAUAGCAGGGGUGGAUCUUGGAGUCAUCCAGGAGCAGCAGCCCUGGGUCACUUUCCAGCAGCGCAGAGAUUAUGAGAAUGUCCCACCAGCAGAUCCUCAUGGAAGCCAGCAGCAGGCGGAGGAAGUGACAUUCUCAAACACUGAGCCUGUAGCAGGCCGGACAGAUAUUCCAGAGACCCAUGCCCAACUUGUAACACAACAGGGUGAGUCCCUGGCUUUAGGAGAUCAUGUGAACUGCCAGCCAUCUGCGCAGGGAGACCAUAGUGCUGGGAACCUUGGAGAAGAGAUGUCAAAUGAAGGUUCUAAUGACUAUGAGAACCUGCCAGUCACCAAGUUAGGAGACAAGGACGCCAAAGAGGGGUCUGACACCCGGUUCCUUCCUCAUGAAUCAACAUCCAGUCACCAGCUGGAAAGCCACAUGGAAUGGCCUAGUGAAGACCCUUGACCAACCUUCUAUUUUGCAGGAUUUGUUCAGUUGCGCCAAAAGAGGCUGAGAUAUGUAGGGAGUGAAGAGAUGCACAGAAGCAGAGGGAAGGAAUUCUUCUCAAGCAGGAUGCUGUUGUCCCUCCUGCCAACCUAAAAACUGUUUGCUGAAAGUGCCUUAGGACCACUUGGGACGGAGGGGGAUAGAAGGGUGCUGUAGUGCACAGUGGACAUAUGAAGUAGUCUAAAAUCAAUCUCUAUCCUAACAUCAACAGGCUACAAAGCAGGUAUACACAUUUACUUUAUAAUCCAGGCAGAGGUCAAGAGGAAGGGGGAAAUGUGAAUGAAGGAGGAAAGCAGUUUCUAGUUUUAAAAUAAUGUGGAUGAUCAAAUGCUGGUGAAGAUGCAGAAUAGGAAGACCUCUCACUCCUUGCUGAUGGGAUGGCAAAGCAUAACAUCCACUUUGCAAAACUGGAAGUUUAUAUAAAUUUACA